UACCUGUAGUGAAGAUCAAAUAUCAACAAUCGUUGCUAGAAUGUUAGUGUUUAAUUUGAUUUCGUAACAAUAUUGGCUUCAAGAUUAUAUGAAUCCAUCAUUUUUCAUUAGCUUAGAAUCGGCUGUAACUAGCGCAAUUUUGCACAUAUAACUGGAGCAAUGACUCAAGCUGAAAAUGUUAACACAGAUUUUCUGCCGAUUAUUUAUGAUAUAAUAAGAAGUAUUGAAAAGGAAACAUAUGAAACAACACAGAAACCCCAUGAGAAUACUGAUAGCAACUUAAAAAUUCCUGAAUUAAGAACCAAGCUACAACAGUGUCGAGAACAAAUCCAGAAACUUCCAGGCAUCGAUUAUACUAAGGAAGAACAACAAAGAAGGUUGGAAGCACUAAGAGAACAACUCAUUCAAAAAAGGCAACUUCUUUUGAAAUAUAAAAACAUGUGCCAUUUUGAUAAUCCUAAAAUUUAAAUACUUUUAAACAAAACA